AUGUCUGGGUCCAAUACAAUUAAUCAAAAUAUUAAUAGAACAUUAAAAUAUAGUAAGCCUUGGAUGGAUAAUGAAUGCAUACGUUUAAUAAAAAUUAAAAACUAUUGGUAUAGUAAACAUAUGCAAAAUUUAGAUAACAAUUACAUUAAAGAUAAGUACCACUUUUGGCUUAACAAAUUUACAUCACUAAAAAGACAAAAACAAAAAAGCUAUGAUGCAUAUAACUUUCUAAAAUACUCAAAUAAUAUCAAGAAGACAUGGGAAUAUGUGAAGGAAAUUGCUACUGACGGAAGUAAAAUAACAAACGAGUUCUUUACAAAUUUGGUUUCUGAAACAGAAAAAACAGUAAAAAUUAAUGAUUUCAACGAAUUAUAUUGCAAUAUUGGCAAAGACAUGGCUGCUAAAUUUGAUACAAUUUACAUCCCACAAAUAAUAUCUAAAAGCAGGUUUUGUUUAACAGAGAUAAAUGAGGUCACAACUAUCAAAUUAAUUAAUAGUUUAUCAACAACAAACAGUGCAGGUAUAGAUAAUAUCUCUUCAAAAAUUAUAAAACAAUGUCAAAAAGAAUUAGCAGAACCAAUAACGACAUUAAUAAAUUCUUCAAUAAGAGAUAGUUGUGUACCUGAAGUGAUGAAAAUUAAUAAAAUACAAUAUGGUUUUACUAGAAAUUCGAGCACCAAUACUGCACUAUUUGAUGUAGUGAGUCAUAUACAAAACCUUGUAUGCAUAAAUGAAAAAGUUGGAUUGGUAUUUUUCAACUUAACUAAAGCGUUUGACUCUGUUGAUCGCAAAAUAAUGUUACGAAAAUUGUUCGAAUGUGGCGUAAGAGGCAGAGAAUACCAUUGGUUUGAGAGUUAUUUGAAUCAAAGAAAACAAUAUGCCGAAUGCGAGAAUAUAAAAAGCGAAAGUAUGUUAGUAGAGUAUGGAGUAAUUCAAGGAAGUUCGCUGGGGCCGAUUUUGUUUGCGUAUUACAUUGACACCUUCUCUAAAUUAAAAUUAAGUGGACGAAUUUUUAUGUUUGCCGAUGACAUAGCCAUUGUAUAUAAUGAAAAGUCUCUUGAAAUUAUGGAAAAUAUCAUUAAUAAUGACAUGAAAUCUAUACAUAAAUGGAUGUGUCAACAUAAAUUAUCGGAAACUGAAAUUAAUAUAAUAUACAACGGAAAUGUCAUAAGUAAAGUAAAGAAUUACAAAUACUUAGGCGUAACCGUGGAUCAAAAUUUAAAUUGGAAUCAGCCUGUUUCCGAAACUUUGAGUAAAACUAGGAGAAUCGCUGGGUUAUUCAAAAUACUAGGUAGACGUAUACCUGAAAAUAUCAAAAUUUCAGUAUACUACAGUCUAUUUCAUAGUGUUCUGACAUAUGGAAUAGAUAUAAAUCCGGAAAAAGUUACGUCAAACAAAUUGGAAUACUGCACAGAUAAGGAGGAUCUGGCUCGGGAAACCGAUUGGUUCUCAAGAGAAAAAGCAAAAAGAGAGACAUAUCGAACAGCAGAUAUAAGAGUCCUAUGA